AUGGCCAACAACAAUCCCUCGACCCAGAAGCCCGAAAUUGUUCUCGUGGACGACAACCGCGACGUGUCAGAUGACGUGCCCGAGAAGGCACCUCAUGCUCGGGUCAUUGAUUCGUUCCACGUCCUGGGUCUGACUGACGACGAUGUUCAUUUCUAUGAGAACUACACACCGGAACAGAGAAAGCGAACAAUGCGAAAAGUCGAUGUACGCUUGACUCCCAUGCUUGCGGUGUUGUACCUCAUCUCCCACCUCGACCGCUCCAAUAUUGGAAACACCAAGAUUGAGGGCAUAGACGUCGAUCUCGGAAUUAGCGGUAUUCAGUGGAACAUUGUCCUGUCCCUCUUCUUCGUCCCUUACAUCCUCCUCGAAGUACCCUCAAACGUUCUACUCAAGCGAUUCAAGCGUCCAUCUCUGUACAUGGGCAUACUGGUCACAACCUGGGGCGUUAUUAUGACCCUCCACGGAGUCGUCCAGAAUUUCGGCGGCCUCCUCGCUCUGCGCAUGCUUCUCGGCGUUUUCGAAGCCGGUUUCUUUCCUGGCGCUGUCUAUCUCUGCACUUUCUGGUACAUGCCACGAGAUCUGGCUUCGCGCAUUUCAUGGUUCUACUGCAUGAGCGCACUGUCUGGUGCCUUUUCGGGGUUGCUGGCCGCAGGUAUUGCGAAGAUGGAUGGCGUCGGCGGCUACGAGGGCUGGCGCUGGAUCUUCCUCAUUGAGGGUAUCAUUACCGUGGCACUGGGCAUCAUGACGUUCUUCUGCCUGGUAGACACGCCUGCGCUCAGUGGGAGAUGGCUUGACCCUGAGGAGAUUCGGUUCCUCGAGCUCCAGCACUUCAUCAAGCAGGGAGGACGAUUCCAAGAUGAGGCCAAAGAGGACAAGUACAUAUGGCAAGAUCUCAAGGCUUGCGUCCUCAAUUGGAGACUAUGGCUGGUGGCCUACAUCCAGUUCUGCCAAUCGGCCAUGAGCUACGGCACGAAAUUCAAUCUCCCGACCAUAACACGUUCGAUGGGCUUCGAAAACACACAGGCGCAAUUGAUGACAGCCCCUCCCUACGUCGCCGGCGCCAUCUCAUCCAUUGUGUUCUCCCAAUUCUCGGACCGCUACUACUGGCGGAUGCCUUUCGUCGUCAUCCCGUUCAGUUGCGUCUGCGUCGGCUUCAGCAUCAUGCUCGGUCUUCGCGGCAACUUUGAAAACCAGAUUGGUCCGUCCUACUUUGCCGCCGUCAUUGCAUGCAUCGGCAUCUACCCGGCCAUGCCGGCCGCCACGUCCUGGGCAGCGAACAACCUGGCGCCGGCGUCGCGCCGCGCCGUCGGCUUGGCCCUCAACAUUGCCCUGGGAAACAUGGGCGGUAUCAUGGGCAGCUACAUGUUCUUCGACUCGGACGCGCCCAUGUACAACACUGGGUUCGGUCUCAGCUUGGCGUUCGGCUUAAGCGGCCUGCUCAUGGCCUUCGCUGCUGAGGCUGCGUAUAAAUGGGGCAACAAGAAGAAGGAGGCCUUGUCGGAGGAGGAUAUCAGGGCUCGGUACACCCAGGAUCAGCUCCUGAAGAUGGGGGACAGGAGCCCCUUGUUCCGUUACACUCUUUGA